AUGAAAACCCAAAUCUCCAUAAUAAUCCUCCUAUGUCUUGCCCUAGGCCCAUGCAACGCGCACAACGUAAACGACAAGAAGGAAACAGCCACAGCAACACCCGAAUCCUACCCUCCGAUGCCGGAAUCAGAACCACCCUUCCCCUACCCCUCCUCGGAAUUCGGGAGCAAUGAUUACACAUCAUCAUGGAGCGACGAAGGCUCGGGUUCCGAGCCCAGCACCGGCGGCGGCGGCGGCGGCGGCGCUGGCGGCUCCUACACCUCGUUCUCCUCCGCCUUCAAGGACAUCCUGAAGGGCACCGUCCGCGGCCACUCCCUGACAAUGCCGGAGCACGGGGACCCGAAGUCGAAGCACCAGCAGCACGCGGUGCGGCAGAUAUGCUCCCACACGGACUACCCCGACGUGUGCCUCUCCACAGUGGUGCCGUUCCUCGGCCACCACCUGGACGUCAUGAACAUCCUGGAGGCGGCCAUCAAGGCCUGCUCCUUCCAGACCAACUUCACGCUUUCCAAGGUCAUCAAACACAUGUCGCGGUCGUCAGAGAUGGCGACCGCGCUAGCUAGCUGCAAGGAGCAGUAUCAUGACGCGCUGGAGAAUCUCCAGCGCGCCAUGGACGCUAUCCCCUUGCGGGACCUUGGCACCGUCACCGUGAUGCUGAGCGCGGUGAUGGCGGACGUUUCGGCGUGCGAGAGUGGGUUUGAGGAUCUGAAGUCGCACUCGCCCAUGGGGAACUCGGAAGGGUUGGUUACCAUUACGGCUAGUAAUUGCCUCUCCAUUGCGGCUAUCAUUCCUUACUAG